AUUUUCAACCUUUUUUGCCACCCUAUUCAACCGCACUUAAUAGUGUGCGACACAGUUCAGUUGCAGAGGUUUUAGCAACACCACUUUUCUAUCUUUCUUUCAGAACCCUACUUCGCUUAAUUAAUCUCUCCAAAUUCACUAGUUUCAUCCCCAAAUUUGCAAAUCAGGGUUUCAUUGCUCUCUACAAUUAAUUUCCAAUGCCGAUAGUGGAAGAGAGAAAACCAGCGAUUCAAGGUCCGGCUGCCCAGAAUCCAAGCCCUAAAAAUCUAGAAGAAGGUCCAGUAGUAUCUCAAUCGAGCUCUUGUCAACCCAAAGACGAGCCUUCGCCGGUUAAACCUGUCACCCCUAAAGAGGCCAUUAUCGCCGUCGCCUCUAAAAUUGCCGCCCAGCCGCUUCCUUGCUCCGAUCCCGAGGUUUGGGGUGUCCUCACUGCUAUCUCUAACAAUGCUCGAAAACGGUCGCAGGGAAUAAAUAUUCUUUUGACUGCUAAUGAGCAUUGCAUCGGACGAGUAGUAGACGAUGUACGUUUUCAGAUAGAAUCCAAUGCUGUUAGUCAACGGCAUUGUUCGAUUUCCAGGAAGAGAAUUCCUAACGAAGAUGUGGAGAAUCCAACCGGUUUCUGCAACGGUGCCUUUCUAAAAGAUACAAGCACCAAUGGAUCUUAUCUAAAUUGGGAGAAACUGAAGCGGCGCAGCUCUAAGUCUGAAGCUAAGCUUUGUCAUGGUGACAUCAUAUCGCUAGUAGCACCUCCUCAGCACGAACAUGCAUUUGCAUUUGUUUAUCGAGAAGUCUCAUCAUCCGUCCCUACAAGUGAUGGUACUGCAUUGAAGAGAAAAGCAGAGGAAUUUGGUCCUGAAACCAAAAGACUCAAAGGCAUAGGUAUUGGCGCUCCUGAGGGCCCUGUUUCUCUUGAUGACUUUCGAAGACUUCAGCGUUCAAACACGGACUUGAGGAAGCAAUUGGAGAAUCAUGUACUUACAAUUAACGAGUUGCAAAAUGAAAAUCGUGAAGUUCUUGAGCGUCAUCAAAAUGAGAUGAAAGAGCUGAGAGAGUCAGUCUCGAAGUCGUAUAAUGACCAGUUGAAUGAAUUGAAUGAGUUAUUGGAAGCUAGAAAGAAGGAAUUGACUGAGGUCAACAAAAGUUCUGCUGAACAGAAGCAUGCUAUUGAGGAUCUAAAUGAAAGACUUUCUGCAGCUUUGCAGUCAUCUACUGAAGUGAACGAAAUAAUGAAAAGCCAGAAGGCAUCUAUAGCUGAACUGAAAACACAGCUAGAUGAAGAGCGUGACCAAAGAAGAGAAGAGCGAGAAAAGGCUGCUGCAGAUCUGAAAGCUUCAAUACAAAGGGUUCAGUCCGAGGCUGAAGAAGAAUUAAAACGAGCAUCAGAUGCUGCUUCGAGGCGAGAAAGAGAACAGCAAGAAGUUAUCGGUAAACUUCAGGAAUCAGAAAGAGAAAGUUCAUCACUGGUGGAGAAUCUGAGAUCCAAAUUGGAAGACACUAGACAGAAAUUGGUCUUCUCUGACAACAGGGUUCGCCAGCUUGAGGCUCAAGUAUUAGUCGAACAACAGUCUUCUGCUCUCAAAACAACACGAAUGGAAGAACUUGAAGGUGAAACGAGAAGAAUGAGGAAAGAUCUUGACAAAGAAAAGCAGGCGGCUCGGGAAGAAGCAUGGGCCAAGGUCUCAGCACUUGAGCUACAAAUAAAUUCUUCUAUGCGGGAACUCGAAUUUGAAAGGCGAAGAUUAAAAGGUGCUAGGGAAAGAAUCAUGUUGCGGGAAACACAGUUGCGUGCGUUUUACUCAACGACAGAGGAGAUCAAUUUGUUAUUCACAAAGCAGCAAGAACAGUUGAAGUCAAUGCAGAGGGCUCUAGAAGAUGAGGAGAAUUAUGAUGAUGCCUCUCUUGAUGUUCUCCUUGAAACAGCAGCGGAGAAUGUUGAUGGAAAUGCAGCUGCUGGAACGGAAGCUACAGGUUACGGAAGUAAUGCUGCUGCCAAGGACGGCCCCAGCACUUCAUCAAAGAGACUUGCACAACGUGAGGUAGCUGAUACUUCAAGUGAAGAAGGCAGUGCCACUGAGAAGCAUGACUGCGAUAUUAGAAGCCAAGAUUAUGAAAAUACUGAAGAGGCAGAAUUUCCCAAUGAUGAGGGUAUUGUUAAAGAGGGAUUUGGUUCUGACAUUGACGGUGUUGGAACAGCUCCGAUGUUUGAAGGAGAUGCUGAUGGAACUGAAAGAGUUCUUGAAACCGAAAGCCCUGGUGUUGACGGUGAAAGAAACACAGAAAUGAACAAAACGGGUGAGUUAGCUGGGGACACACUGCAGCUUGAUGAUGACACAAAUGUGCAAGAAACCGAGCAGCAGAUUCCUCUUGGGUGUGAAGACAUUCUUCAUAAUUCUCCGUUGAAUCAUAGAGAGGAAGCAGUGAAAGCUACUGGUGAAGCUGAACCUGGACUCAUAACAACACAAGAUCUUUUGGCAUCAGAAGUUGCUGGGAGCUGGGCUGGUAGCACGGCACCAUCUAUUUACGGAGAUAAUGAUUAUUCUGCUCAAAAUGAUGAGAGAGAAAAUCAUGCGGUUACAAAUGAUUCCAUUACUCAGGUGGCUGAGUCUUCAAGUUCCCCCUCUGGUGCUCCUGCCAUGAGAUUGCAUUCAGACCAUGAAAUUCAAGCACUAAGCAACAUGAUAGGAAUUAUGGCACCUGAUGUAAAAGAACAGUUCAAGAGUUUUGUCGGUAGUACUUCUCAAGAGAAAAAUGCCAAGCUCCCGGACUCUGAUUCAGAAACAGAUGAUGAAUGCGUUGAAGCUAGUAAAGACAUAGUAGUUGAAGGGUCGGAAUCAGAUGAUGAAACACAGGCUCAUGAUAAAGAUGAAGAGAGUGAAGAUGAAAUGGAUGUAGAUGAUGAUGCUACCCCAAAUGAAGACUCUAUGGGAUAAGUAAUAUGGUUAUUUCUUCUUUUCCGUUUUCUUCUUUCCAUCUUAAUUUAUUCUUCUGUUAAAUUAGAGAAUGCUAAUUGGUGAGUUAGAGGGAAAUAAUUGUGAAUAUAAGGUGUAAUUAAUUUAGGGGAAGAGGUGUUUUUAGUUCCACUUUAGAAAGAAUUAGAAUUGUGAGAAUGAUGUUGGCACCUAUACCUUAGGGGCAUUGAUUUUGUAAGUUAAUUAAUUAGGAAUUUAGGACGAAUUGACUCAGCUGUGUUUAUAGGGGAUUGAUACAAUCCAAUUUGACGGAAAUGGAAUUGAUUUUGUCCUUUGAUACUGCUA